AUGCGGCACGCCGGUCGUGUCCUCGAUGCCGCUCUUCCGUACGAGUCGCGCCCUAACUCGUCAAGGCGGACGACAUUCCUAAGUCCUGGAGGGGCGGGUGCAGGGACUGAGGACGCGGACCGGGCUCUGGCAGUGGUCGCGCAUGCCGUGCACGAUAGCACAGGCAUGCACCGCGUCACGUACAGCUCUGCUUUCGCGCUGAAUGUCCCGGGCACGCCGGAAGGACAGGCGGUCUACCUGACGUGCGCACAUACGCUGGAAGAGAUCCGCCACGACCCCGUCCUGCGCACGACCCCGAUUCAAUCAGCUUCCGCACCCUCCUCUUCCCUUCUGUCGGGUUCCUUCGUGAUCUCAGGCUCGUCCGCCGCGCCGACAUUCCACCCCGUCGCCGCGGUUUUGUCCGCGAUGCACCGUGGCGACCUCGUCCUGCUCGCCGCGCCCGCCCCCGCGCGUGCGUGCUCGCUGCCGGUAAACCCGUACCCCGUGCGGCCCGGGACGCGCGUGUGCGCGCACUUUGUCACGGACCGCCCGCCUGCCGAGGGCCAGGACGCGGAGGGCUGGACACCAUGGGUCGGCGGUGCGUGGAGGAAGUGGGUGCGGGGCACCGUCUUGGGCUACCGAGACUAUGCCGGCAGGGAGGCCCAGCCGGGAACGUACGAUUCGCUCGCGCACCUGCACUUCGAACCGCCUCCCACAGCCGGCUCUAGCGGUGGGCCUAUCGUGGACGAGGAGAGCGGAUCGGUGAUUGGCGUCGUGCUAGGGACGCAACUCGUGAGCCAAGUGGAGGGUGUGCGCGGCUGGGCUGCACCGGCGGAGAUGAUAUAUGAAAUGUUUAGUCUCCCUGGUUUGGAGCCGAAGCAUUGA